AUGGUUGAUGAACUUGAUGCUUUACAACAACAAAAAACGUGGAACUUGGUGCCUAGUACAACAUCAAUGAAUGUUGUUGGAUCUCGAUGGGUUUACAAAGUAAAACUCAAAGAUGAUGGCAACAUGGAAAGUCUCAAAGCAAGAUUAGUUGCUAAAGGGUAUAAUCAAUUACCCGGGAUUGAUUUUACUGAAACUUAUUCACCUGUUGUGAAGCUAGGAACUAUUCGGUUGAUCUUAUCCAUUGCAACUCUAAAAAGUUCCUCCUCGAGUUUAAUACAAGAUUUCAUUAACAAAUUACAUGCAAAAUUUGCAAUGAAAGAUCUCGGAGUCCUCCAUUAUUUUUUGGGAAUUCAAGUUUCAACCGUUUCAACUGGGUUGUUUUUACAACAAACCAAGUAUGUUGUCAACAUCCUGAAAUGCAGUGGGAUGCAUGAAUCAAAACCUAUCAAGACCCCACUGUGUACCAAAACCAAACCUGACCCUGAUUCCCCUCUGUAUCCCGACCCUCAUGCAUAUCGAUCUCUGGUAGGAGCCCUUCCAUACUUAACCUUGACACGACCAUACCUCUCUUUUAGUGUGAAUUAUGUCUCCCAAUUUAUGCAUGCGCCUAUUGAGUCACAUUUUGGUUUGGUAAGACGAAUCCUACGCUACGUCAAAGGCACAAUUAAUCUUGGUCUUCAUAUACAAGCUUACAGUUCUCUUGAUCUUUAUGGAUUCUCGGACUUUGAUUGGGCUGGGUGCAACAUCACUAGGAGAUCAACAACUGGUUAUUGUACCUACCUAGGAAGCAAUAUCAUUUCAUGGUGCUCAAAGAAGCAACCAACAGUCUCAAGGUCAAGUUACGAAGCUGAAUAUAGAGCACUUGCUCAAGCAGCUGCUGAAAUUAUGUGGCUCACUUUCAUCCUUCGUAAUCUGGAUGUUCCCCUAUCUCAAGCUCCAAUUCUGUUCUGUGAUAAUAUGAGUUCACUGUUCAUGACAAUUAAUCCAGUAUUCUAUGCAAGAAGCAAGCAUAUUGAAGUGGAUUACCACUAUAUCAUGGAACGUGUGUCACUCGGGUUACUUGUUACCAAACAUAUCCAAACACAGUCUUAG